AGCACAGCCUGGAACCUAGACUUCUGUAAAACAGAUAAUUCCAACCUUUCUAAAACAGGCAUACUCCAUGGACAGAUGAUGAAUGGUACAUGCACUAUUUUAAUUUGCAACAGAAAUCCUAAGCUGGAGUGGUACUGUUAUUUGCUGGUUCUGGUUUGCCUUUUCUCUUUAUUAACAGGAUUUCUAGGUAAUAUACUUGCACUACGACAUUAUGUUUACUGCAUGAAGACAUGGACUACCAAUACCAUAUUCCUCUUUAAUUUGGCACUUUGUGACUUUACUUGGACUCUCAUGGCACCUUUUUCAGUAUAUUAUAAUAUCCAGAAGUUAGCUGUAUAUUUCAAUCAAGCAUUUUAUCAGAUCAUAAGACUAUUUUUUAGUAUUAAUGUCUAUGGAAGCGUCUAUUUCCUGGCACUCAUCAGUUUUGACAGAUACAUAGGUGCUGUCCAUCCUAUCACUUCAUUAACAUGGUGGGACAAAGGAAAGGCUGUGUUUUGCACUAUUGGGGUAUGGAUCUUCAUAGUGAUUGCAUCGAUGCCUGACAUCUACUACACAGUUGCAGCUAGAAUACAGCCUGACAUCAUAAAUGACCUGGAUGCCACUGAAGGACCUUUACAAUUUCUAGUGCCAUUCCUGAUCUCCAAGAUUUUAUUGAGAUUCCUAAUUCCAGCCACAAUCAUCUUUACAUGCUAUGUGUUGACUCUCAAAGCACUACUACAACUCAGUAAACGUCAGCAAAGAAGGAACAGACUUGUUAGGCCUCUGUUGCUGAUUUCAGCUGCUAUGAUUGUAUUUGCUGUUUCUUUCAUACCUUACCAUGUUAUGAUGACGGUGAUACUAAUUUACAGAAUUAAUUGUAAACCACUCUGUGGGAACACAAGCACAUUAAAUGCCAUUUACAAAGUCACAGAGAUCAUCUGCAGCUUCAACAGCUGUCUUGAUCCAAUCAUUUUUACGGUAGCAAAUAAGACAUUCUAUCAAAGAACUAAAAGUAUAAAAUGUCAUCUCGAAUGCCAGUGCUGCAGUUGUCUGACAAGAAGAGUAAGGGACAUCACUCUGGCCCCGAGAACAAUGACGUAAACACUAGUCUACAAAGAUUCACAUCUCCAACUGCUUUGUGUCAUCAGAUCCAUUUAAAAUUUCUUCUAUAUUGUACAGCUAUCUCUUGAAUAAGCAAUAAUACACAAAAAUGCAGAGUAAAACUUAACAUGAAAAGAAACAGUAGCAACUCCUACCUUUACAGACAUGGCAUUUUAAAUAUUCAUGUUAUAAAUAUACCGUACACGCAGCAUGUAAUGAAAAACUACCAAAAGUUCUAAGUAGCUCCUUUAAUUCUUGGACAGAAAAAUACAGCAAGAUUAAGUGCAGAUAGUGAUGAGGAGCCUCCUUAUAGUUUCUGUUAAUUAUUUUUUCAUCAGUUUGUAAGGGCUGCUGUGAUUGGAUUGUGCAAUCAAUAACUAUCAUGAUGCUUACAGCUGGACUCCUCGAACAUUUUCAGAGAGGUUUUCUACAAGUACUUCAUUUUAAUGCUGCUUGCACUAGAGUUCCACUGCCAGUGGAACCUCAUUAACCCAGUAAAGUGCAGUAGAUUUCCAAAAACAAACAAACAAAAACCAAAUAGUAAGAUAAAGUCCCUGCGGAUAGUCAGAGACACAGUAAUUCUGUUCACAAAGUAAAUAGGCAUGG